UUGUGUGUCCCCCCCAUCCCAGAUUCCCAGGUGUUCCCAUUCCCGGGUAUUCUCUCCCCCCUACCCUGCACUUCUGGGUCCUUCCCGCCGGGAUUUCCCCCCGCCCACACGUGGGGAAAGUGGGGGGGUUGCGCAAACCCCGAGUCACGUCUGGACAGGGUUGGGCAAUCGGGGAGGGGGACACGGGGGGGACACGGGGCUGGCACCUGCCUGGGCAUUUGGGCUCAGCCCCAGGCAGGAUUUACCCCCCCCUCCCCGGGAUCCCCCUGUCCUGGGAUGAAGGGAGGUGGCCGAGCCGUGACCGUCUGGCCACUGCUGCCCCACACUGGGGUGUCCCCAGGGCUGGGGACAGAAGCUGAGGCCCCCCCACUCUGAGGGUCCCUCCGUGGGUGGCCCCUGAGCCCCCCCCAGCGCCAGGGGUGACUCAGCGGGCGGUGGCCCCAAAACGGGUCAAAACCCACAAAAAUGUGGUCCGACCACUUCCCCCUGCUGUGACGCAGGGGUCUGGGGAAGGGGGGGCUGGGGCCACCAGAGGGGGGGUCCGGGGCUACCAAGGUGGGGACAGGACCACCAGGGUGAGGACGGGACCACCAGGGUGGGGACAGGGCCACGGCAGGGUCCCCGGCCUGGUUGGGGUUGGGGGUCACGACCCAGGCCCUUUUUGAGGGUCCGGGACGUGGCACAGCCCCCCAGCCCCUCCCGGGGUCCCCCCCCGGCCUGGCCCCGACGUCAGGCCGUGAGUCAGCCCCGCAGGAUGUGGCCCCGCACCCGCCCCGGCCCUUCAUAAGGCGGCGGAGCCGGCGGUGGCCCCACAGCGCCCGACGCCAUGGCGGCCUUCGGCCUCCUCCUCCUCCUCAGCGCCGCUGCGGCGGCCUCGAGGCAGGUCCAGCAGGUGAUACAGGAGAGCCUCGACCUGCGGCCCCCCAACAUCGAGCAAGUGCUGCAGCAGGAGCAGGACCUGGUGGUGCCCCCCAACGUCGUGUUAGGGGGGGCCACGGCAGCCUCGAGCAGCCCCCCGAUCUGGGGCAACGCCCUGGAUGGGUUCCCCCCGGCCUGGCCCGUGGCCGCCGCCGUGACCCGGCACUGCCGCGACCCCCCCACGGCGCCCCCGCCCCCGCUGCUGCCCCCCGCCUUCGCCCACCUGCGCCGUCAGGCGGCUGCGCUGGCCUCGCUGCAGCCCCGCAUGAGCGACUGCUGCCGCCACCACUCCCCGCUGCCCUGCGCCCGCCGCGCCUGGACGGACGUACUGGACGGGUUCUGCACCGACGAGUUCGGGGUGAAGACGCGGCAGUUCCACUGCUGCCGCCGGCACGGGGCUGCGCGGCGCCGCUGCUUCGCCCAGGAGACCCCCGCCCCCGCCUGGGACCCCAACACCGCCUGGGACCCCAACACCGCCUGGAACCUCAUCACCGAGCCCCCCUUCCCGCCCGGGGAGCCCACAGUCACCAACAUGGGCAACAUCUGUGGGCUGCGGGCGCUGCGCCCUGGCCCCCCCGCACCCGGCGCCCGCUCCGGGCCCCGCGUGCGGCUGAGGGUCCGCCUGGAGAGAGAGUACGGGCGGUGCUGCCGCAACGAGAGCCUGAGCUGCGCCCACGGCGCCUGGCUGAAGGGGCUGAAUCGGUUCUGCCGGGAGGAGUCGUCGGUGAAGACGGGGCAGCACCGGUGCUGCCAGCGGGGGGGUCUCCGGGCCCGGGGCCGCUGCUUCGCCGCCGCCGCCCCCCACCCUGCCUACGACCGGGAGCUGCACAACGUGAGCCUGGCCCGGCCCGGCACGGCCCUGCUGCGCUCGCUCUGCGGCCCCACCCGCCUCUUCACGCAGAGGCGGCCGGUGCCGGAGCUUUUUGGGGCCGUGACGGCCGCGUGCUGCCCACUCCCCCCCGAGGAGCGCGGGGUCUGUGCUCAGGAGCAGCUGUCCCAGGCCAUCGCCACGCUCUGUGCCACCCCCCAGGACGCCUGGCGGGACCCCCAGGGCUGCUGCUCGUGGGAGGAGCCCGAGCGGCGCCGCUGCUUCGACAACACCUACCUGGGCCAGGUGACCCUGGGGGCCGCCGUGGCCCCCCCACCCCCCGGCCACGACGAGUGAACCCCCCCCUUUCACGCCCCCGGCACGAGUGGGGCAAUAA